GUCAUUCUUGUCUCAUAAUCUCCUGACAGGACACACUUGUUCUGAUAUUACUCAGACGGCUGUGUCGUGUGUGAGUUGCAUAAUUUUCUAAAUGGCGUCUGGAGUCCAGCAGCAUUAGUGUUUCAUAAAAGGUGUGAUUAUAUUUUUCUGUGCUAAAGGUGGAUUUUGUGAUUGUGUCAAACUGAAUAUUGCACAGGAAAAGGAACGCCUUGAGGGUUGAGAUCUCCUCACACCAGAUGAGGGAAGAUGUUGGCCAUGGAUCAAGGCGUAGUGGAGGAGUGGCUGUCUGAGUUUAAGACUCUUCCAGAGACGGCCGUCUCCAACUAUGCCGCCUCUCUGAAGGAGAAGGGCUCUCUGGUUCCAGCGCUUUACAAAGUUAUACGGGAAAAUUACAGUGAUCUGCUGGAGCCGGUGUGUCAUCAGUUGUUUGAGUUUUACCGUAGCGGUGAGCCGCGUCUUCAGCGCUUUACGCUGCAGUUCCUGCCUGAGCUGGUGUGGAGUUACCUGUCCGUCACGGCCGGCCGAGACCCGCACUGCAGCGGCUGCAUAGAGGCCCUUCUGCUCGGCAUCUACAACCUGGAAAUCGUUGAUAAAGACGGGCAGAGUAAAGUGCUGUCGUUCACCAUCCCUUCCUUAUCCAAGCCGUCAGUUUACCAUGAGCCGUCUUCCUUUGGCUCUCUGGCCUUGACGGAAGGAGCCUUAGCCAAUCACGGCUUGAGUCGAGUGGUUUACAGCGGCCCCCACCUGCAGCGAGAGACAUUCACGGCACAGAACAGGUUUGAAGUCCUGACGUUUCUGCUGCUGUGUUAUAAUGCGGCUCUGAGCUACAUGACCAGUUCAUCCCUGCAGUCUCUGUGUCAGCUCAGCUCCAGAGUUUCUAUCUGUGGGUAUCCAAGGCAACAGGUGCGGCGGUAUAAAGGCAUCAGCGCGCGGCUGAUGGUCACGUCAGAGUUCCUGGUGCAGCUCAUCACGGGGAUUCAUUUCGCACUGUGUAACGGGGAAGUGGACCUGGGCUCCAAGGCUCUGGAUGAUGUGCUGUACCGAGCACAGCUGGAGCUCUUCCCAGAGGCCCUGCUGGUGGGAAACGCCAUCAAAUCGUCUCUUCACGGUGCUACUCUGAAGUCCAAUAAAGAGGGAACUCGGUCCAUCCAGGUGGAAAUCACACCCACGGCCCCUCGGAUCUCCCGGAACGCCGUCACCAGCCUGUCUAUCCGAGGUCAUCGCUGGAAACGCCACGACGCAGUGGAUUUGGGUUCCCCGGAUGAGCUGACGGAGAUCGCGGAGGUGGACGAGGGCAUCUGCACGCAGGCGUCUGGCGGUCAGGGCAGCCCACCGACCAUCGUGAUCAGCAACAGCUCCGGGAAGCCGGCGGGAAAGGGUUUGCGUCGCCUGACGGGAAGAUCCAGCAAAGACAAGGAGAAAGACAAGGAUAAAGAGAAGGACGCGGCAACGGGCAUGGAUCAGCUGACGCGCAAGCAGGCGGCCGUCCGCGCCAUGAGCGAGAACCUGGAGCUCCUGUCACUCAAACGCCUGACGCUGACGGCCAGCCAAUCAGUGCCUAAGAGCGGCUCGCUCAGCCUGUCGCGCACCGCCAGCGCCGUCUUCUCGCGCUCCUUCGAGCAGGUCAGCAACGUGUUCGCCGCCGCCACCGGCAACCAGCCGUCCAGCCGUGCGUCCAGUCCCACAUCCAAUCACGUUCCCGAAGGUGGCCUGCAAGACGAGGGUGUGGCCUAUUUGGAGCACCUAAGCCCUGCCCACCAGCAUCGGCAGCGCUCGCCCACCAUUAGUAUCCACGUGACCUCUGACCUGUGACCCUAAACUUUGGUUUUUGACUACAGUAAUGCGACUCUAACACAUACAGACGUGGCGCUGCUGCCAUCUUGUGGCACAAAACUGCACCUUACAGGAAGUCUGUCUGUUUUUUUCCCUACGGUUGUGUAUAAUUACCAAAGUCAUGUAUUUUUGAAGUAAGUGUUUUUAAAAAAAACUUUAACUUUUUUCCCAGUUUGUUCCUGAAGUCGAUCCAUGAAGUUUACACGUGAUUUAUGAGCUGUAUUGUGUGUUUUUUAAUGCUGUAUCUGUUUUGGGAGCGUUUGAGAGAAGAUCACACAUACUGAACCGUAUUAAGAUUUGUGUGAUUUUUAUGUGUGCGUUCGCAGCGGUUCCCCUCCUCUUUGUAUCCCAGCAUGCACUGGGCUUGAAGCGAAGCCAUCAUUUCACACUGUUUCCAUGGGAAUUUGGAUGCUCGAGUGGAAAAUCUGGUGGAAUUAAGACACCAAAACAAAACAGUAGUCGUCUUCGUUUACAGCGUUUUUCAUGCGGUAUCUGAAAAGCAAUAUGGUUAUUGUUUGAGUUGCUGUAUGUGAGGAUGCGUAAGGCCAUAAGAGAUGCUGUGACACGCGGCAGAUGAAGAACAGGUAUUAUAGGAGUUCAGCAGCUGCUCGUGUGUCAUACUGAUGUCAUGCUUUCAAUGCAGAGACCCAGAAAACAGUGUGAUUAUAAGCCAGAAAUCAUUUCUUCAUAUAAGAAUUAAAGAUAAAUCAAUGUGAUUUUUCUUUUUUUUCUUUUUUUUUUUUUUUCUUGGACUAAUUAUAGCAAUUUUUUUUUCAUUGGUGCAUCACUGUGCUGUUGCAUCUAUUUAUCUGGUUUUAUUGUUGUUGUUGUUUUUUUUUUUAGGAAGACAUCUCAUUGGAAAAUGUUUUUGAAGACAUUUUUCUGGUCAUAAUGGUUUGUGCUUUUAAUUUGAAGUGGGUCAUCAAUAACAGUGGUUGUGUCUGUAUUCAGAUUAUUUUGAGAAUGUGAAUAUUUUGUUGUGAACUGUAAAUAUUAUUGUACUAAAGUCAUUUUUUUUUUUUGCCUUUUAUCAAAAAAAAUAACAUGGUUACAGUCUCUGAAAAUAAAGAUUUCUAUUUCAGCA